GGUCCAGAAAUACAAGGGUACUUGAUUUUGUUUUAAUUGCUAAGCCACAAAGACCGCAAACAUGUCUCUGGAAGACAUCCACAUGAACACCGAGGAUUUGCUUGAAAAAAAACAAUUAGAUGCUGGAGGAUUUGGAACAAUUUCUUUAUGCUUCCACAAGACACAUGGAUAUGUAGUAUUAAAAAAAGUGUAUACAGGACCUCAGCGCACUGAAUACAACGCUUCCCUCCUCGAAGAAGGCAGGAUUAUGCGCAGACUGCAGCAUGACCGCGUGGUAAAACUACUAGGUAUAAUUUUGGAAGACGGAAACUACUCACUUGUGAUGGAGUAUGUGGACCGGGGGAACAUGAUGAAAGUGCUACAGAAACUCUCACUGCCCUUGUCAGUGAAAGGGCGUUUUGUGCUGGAGAUCACAGAAGGAAUGCUUUAUCUGCAUGAGCAAGGCUUCGUACACAAAGACCUAAAACCAGAAAACAUCCUUGUGGACACAGACUUCCACAUUAAGAUUGCAGAUCUCGGCGUUGCCUCCUUUAAGAACUGGAGUCGGCUGACCCAAGAAGAGACUGUCCGACAGAAGCAAAUCAACAGCGCUUGCCAGAACAACGCUGGGACGCUUUUCUACAUGGCCCCCGAGCAUUUACGCUGUCUUAACGUUAAACCUGUGGAGAAAUCCGAUGUUUACAGCUUCGGCAUCGUGAUCUGGGCAAUUUUUGCUAACAAAGAGCCCUACGAACAUGGUAUAAAUGAAGCCCAGAUUUGCUUUGGCAUCAUGAAUGGCAGCAGACCAGACAUAAAGGAGAUCACGGAUAAAUGUCCAGUGGAAAUUAUUGACUUAAUGAAGCAGUGCUGGGAGCAAGAGACGGAGAAACGGCCAACCUUUGCAGAAAUUAGUCAAAGAUACAAGCCAUUUUACUAUACAAAUCUAGGAGCAAAUAUUGAAGAUGAUCUGAAGGAGUUAAAAAAAGAAUGGCCUGAGUCAAGUGAACUGCUGGAUAGGAUGCAAUCCCUUCAAAUGGAUGCUGUAGCAGAAGAUCCCAGUAAUGGUCAAGGAGAUCAGCCUAAUUCUCUACACAGCUCUCAAGGUCCCAUCACCAGUCAGGCUGACGAAGCCCUGUUUGCUGCCUCGCCUCAGAACCAGCCUGUUGAGAGCUGCGAGACCUCAUUUACUGCUGCUGAUAUUCUAGAAAGAAAACUUCAGCAUGAAUACAACUACCAUGUGUUUGGGAGCCGGAUGGAUAAAGCAGUUCCACCUGUAGUGUACACCCCUGAAAUGAGAGAGGAAGAAAGGAGACGAAGAGUUUCCUACGAUCCAUUUGAAAAGCCAUCUCCUGCUCCUCAACGGAGUGAACUGUAUCCAAGAGCUGAAAAAACAGGAUCAAACACUAAUCCAUAUUUUUGGCCACAGGCAGCUGCAACAAUGCCGAAACGGGGAAACAUUGAUAGUUUUUACAGGCCAAACCCUAGCAGUCUUCCAGCGGGCAGCACAGAGGGUCUCUAUGGAUUGGGUUCAGCCGGUACCUUUAGCCUAAGUAAACCUCCUGUGCCUGAAUCUGGCGCACACCUGCAGUCGCAUACCAACGCAAACUGGUAUCCAAAGAACGGAGACACAGAUACAGGUAACAAGGAUUCCGCUUCUUUCACAAGGGGAACUUUUGCGUAUUGUUCUGGUGCAUCCAGACUAAGUGCAGAAGAUUCAAUCAAGUACAACAUAAGUAACAGUUCUGGAAUUCAAAUUGGAUCCCACAAUCACAUGAAGAUUGAUGAGCACAAUCAACACAUCAGCACUUCUCCAGCUGCUACACAAGCAACUUAUAUGCAUUAUGAAGCAAUGGGUAUAUUUGACAAUGCUACUGUCCUGACCGAGAAACAUCUGAAUCUAGUGAGAGAGAAGCUGGCUAAGCAGUGGAAGCACUGUGCUCGUAAGCUGGGCUUCUCUGAUCCCGAGAUUGACGAAAUCGAUCACGACUACGAACGAGAUGGACUGAAAGAAAAAGUUUACCAGAUGCUGCUGAAGUGGGUCAUGAGGGAAGGCUCCAAAGGUGCUACCAUUGGAAAGCUUGCCAAAGCCCUCUUUGGCUGCCGAAGACUGGAUCUCCUUACUAGUUUGAUGCAAAUCAACGAGGAAUAA